GAAGAAGCUGGUUAUGACGUCAUAGCCCGGUGACAACAAGGAAGAAGAAAUGGCUGCGAGGUUACUGCUCCGCUCGGCUUUUAGAGCCGCUACAACCUGCCGGGCUGCCCCGGUGCCUGCUCUGACCCGCGGUGUGACGACUGGAGGGAUUCCCACUGAUGAGGAGCAGGCCACAGGACUGGAGAAGGUCAUCUUGAAGGCCACGAAGGAGGGAAAGGAUCCCUACAGCAUGUUGAAGCCAAAGGAGUAUGCUGGUACCAAGGCUGAUCCCCACCUCGUUCCCUCCGUCACAAACAAGAGGAUUGUGGGAUGUGUUUGUGAAGAAGACAACACAGCUGUGAUUUGGUUCUGGCUUCAUGAGGGCGAGGCCCAGCGUUGCCCGUCCUGUGGCUCCCACUACAAACUGGUGCCCCAUGAGCUCCCCCAUUGACUCAGAAUGUAGCUCAGUUAUUAUAGACAUGUUUAUGACAUGCUUGUGUCUCAGUACUUGAUCUAGCAUCUAACCUCAUCAGUCUUUACGUUACAUUUACAGAGGGACCAGAUGUAAUGUGGAACCCAAAAUAUUUCCAGUCAGCUGCAGUUUACACUGACAAAAGUACUGUUCAUGUUACACUCGGUCUACUUACUCCUUCUGUUGAACCAAUAAACUUUGUGAACCCGU